AUGGUAAUGAAGAGGGCAAGUAUUGAGCCAAACUUUCAUGAUCUGUACUUAAAGUUUCUGGAUAAGGUCAACAUGAAGCGCUUGAACAGAGAAAUUGUAAAAGCCACUUAUGAGAACUGCAAGGUUCUUUUACGAUCAGAGCUUAUAAAAUCCAGUUCAGAAGAGCGUUCCUUGCUAAAGAAUCUAGGAAGUUGGCUUGGGAAGAUCACAAUUGGAAGAAAUCGUGUUCUGAGGGCAUGUGACAUUGAUCCAAAAUCCUUAAUCAUAGAGGCAUAUGAGAAGGGCUUGAUGAUUGCAGUAAUCCCAUUCACCUCCAAGAUUUUGGAACCUUGUCAAAGCAGUCGAGCAUAUAAACCUCCCAAUCCUUGGACCGUGGCUAUUCUUAGGUUACUUGCUGAGAUUUAUGCCAUGCCAAAUCUAAAAAUGAACCUUAAGUUUGAUAUUGAGGUUGCUAGCCCAUCUCAUCCUGCUGGCCAUUCUCAUAUACUAUCUCAGUAUGCUGCUCCUCUCCAUCUUUCUUCUGGUACAUUGAUGGAGGACCAAAAGCUGGCAACUUUAGGUUUAUCUGAUUUGCUUCCAGUUCCUUCUGCCCGAGGGCUAUUACAACGGAAAUUAGCCUUUUCAGUUGGCCAGCUUCCAACCCCAGCAGCCAAUGUUGAGCAACAAAUUAUCAUAAAUCCAAAGCUUAGUGCCCUUGGACUCUACAUUCAUUUUCAGAGUGUAGGUCCAAUUGCCAUAUGCAGAGCCAUCAAGGAGGUAGUGUCUAAUAUUGCGCAGCAUAGUGUUUCUAUAGCAACUCAAACAACAAAGGAACUUGUUUUAAAGGAACCUCUGCGCACUUCAAUGUCAAGUCAGUUAAGGAAUUCCCUGCCGGGGUUAAAUAUUGCGAAUGAACUUUUUGAACAAGCUGUGCAACUUGUUACUAGUGAUAACCUUGAUCUGGGGUGCACCCUGAUUGAACAAGCAGCAGCUAAGAAGGUUAGAUUUGCUAUCUUGCUGAAUGCGUAUGCCGUAUCUAUUCUUUUGAAUGCUGGUAGUUUAGUGUAA